AUGGCCACCCACCUCGCCGCCGUCUCCCCGGCCAAAGGCAAACCCUUUGAGCUCCAGACCCGCCCAACCCCAAAGCCAGGACCAGACGAGCUCCUCAUCGCUGUCAAGUCCGUAGCCCUCAACCCGGCAGACACUCACAUGCGUGAUCACGGCCUCUUCAUACCUACGUACCCCACCGUCACUGGCUUCGACAUGGCGGGGUUAGUCCUCGAGGUCGGUGACAACGUUCACACCGAUGCUACCGACGAUAGCUCGGGCUCCUCCUUCCGACCGGGCACCCGCGUCGCCGCAUACGCCGCCUAUUUGUGGAAGUCCUGCAACGCAGACUACGGCGCAUUUCAAGAGCGGUGUCUCAUCCCCUGGCAGCAUGCUGUGCCUCUGCCGGACGAGAUAUCUUGGAAUCACGCGGCAACCUUACCCGUCGCCGUCGAGGUUCCCCUAAGCGCGUGGGAUAUCAUGGGAAUCCCACGGAUAGGAGAGACCACUACCUCUACUCUAGUCCCUGAUGGAUCUACUAGUACCAAUUUCAGCGGAGGGAAGGAAAUACCUAAUACGGAAAAAAGAGAAGCUCUCCUAAUCUGGGGUGCGUCCUCUAGCGUUGGUACUAUGGGUGUACAAACAGCUCGCCUGCUGCUGGAAGAUCCUAAUUCUUCAUUCGCCGCUGUUUAUGCCACGGCCGGAUCGGCGAAUAGGAGCUAUAUAUAUUCACUGGGCGCGGACCGCGUGUUUGACUACAAAGACUCACAAGUCGUGGAUGCUAUCGUUUCGGCGGCCAAUGAGGACGGGUUAGUGAUCCGGCAUUGUUUUCUUGCUACUGGGCAGCUAGCACUAUGUCAGGCUGUGCUUCAGAGGUUCCUCGGAGAAGGCCAAGAAGGGGAGAAGACAAAGACGGCGAAGAUCGGGUCGGCACCUAGCAUUCCUCCGGAUGCUGAGGUCGUGAACGGGGUGGAGACAAUAUCUGUGAUACCGUCGACGAUUGAAGGGGAGAGACUUGAACAGUUCCGAUACUGGCUCGGGACGUGGCUUAGGGAGAACUUGGCCAAUGGGGCUAUCAGGCCGAGUCCGGAGCCGAGCAUCGUGGGGAAGGGUUUAGGGGCUAUCAAUGCUGGAUUGGACAAAAUGCUUCAGGGGGUCAGUUGUACGAAGUUAGUUGUUGAGGUUGCGGAGUGA